AUGCCUCUUUAUACAGUCAAGCUACUGGCAAUAGUAGCAGCUGCAUCAGUAGCCUUGCUGGGGUUAUGGGCCGCAAAGGAGGUUGGGCGAAUUAAGAUGCCGCUGUUGUUCUCGGUCUCCCAAGCGUUCACUGCUGGUGUCCUAUUCGCUGCUGGACUCUGCCAUAUGCUGCCCGAUGCUGUUGGGGAACUCGUCGAUACCUACGUAGAUUCUCAGCCGCAGUAUGGUGCCUUGUUGGCGUGCACUUCAGCCGCUAUGGCGUUCCUCUUCCUACUUUGCAUUGAAGAGAUUGUGUCGGCUCUACUACCCGCAAGCACAGCAGUUCCCCAUUCGGAGGCUGCCUGUGUUACGUAUAAAACUCAGUUCCCUAUUCUACCGAGGAAAGAGCUCGUUGGUCCCCAUGGAUGUUGCGAAGAUGAGGAUCCCAACGAUAGCUGUUGUGAAGCGAUCGACAAUCGUAAUGCAAAAGAGGAGGAGGAUGGUGUGGUUCAGCCACUUCUGCCACGAUACCACAAUGAGUGUUGUCCAGUACAUGAGCAUGACCAUGUUCAUCACCAUCAUGGAAGCCACAGCACCGACAAGGUGGAUCCGGAGGAACCACUUCUCGGGCAGCAUCAUCAUCACCAUCAUCAUCUCCAGCUGAAGCAUAUGGUUCUGAAGGCUGGGCCGUGUGCGGAGAUAGGCGCAAUGACACUCUUCAUCGCGUUGAGCUUCCACUCGGUGAUGGAGGGUCUGGGUAUCGGAUCGGCCACGCAUGCAUGGGAGGUCGUGCCUGUCCUAACAGCCAUACUAGCCCACAAGGCACUAGCAGCAUUCGCAUUGGGAUGUAGCCUGGUCGAAUCCUCGGUCUCUGGGGUCCGCUAUUUUGUAUUCAGCCUCAUAUUCGCUGCUGGUACCCCGAUCGGUGCGCUGUUUGGUAACAUUGGCCUCUCCUCGGGAGGGAGUGCGCACGAUGCGGCUGUCUUCACGGCCGUAUGCAAGGCUCUGGCGUCGGGCACUUUCCUACAAGUGAGCUCGAUGGAGAUAAUCCCCAAAGUUUUCGCUUCUGCCGAGGGCCGUUUUUGGAAGCUUAUUGCGAUUCUCGUUGGUUUCGGGGCGAUGGCCACUCUAGCUUUGUGGAUUUGAGACCAGCGCGAUGUUUGCCUGUUCAGCCCGUGAUAUUACUGUGAACUCCUUUCCUC